CCCGCCCCACCCCACAGAGAGGCCAGCCAGCCACACACGCACGCGCCACGAGCGGCGGGCGGCUCAUGGCUCUUUCCUCCUCCUCUCUCCCCGCCGUCAUCGUCCUCCUGUCCGUCUUCUUCGUCUCGAUCCCAGUCCUGGAUGGACUGGAGCUGGGUCUGGGAGGAGACGGGCUGUACAGGGAGAUUCUGAGGGACGAGACGGUGCUCAGGCUCAAGGAGCUCGGCAAGAUAUCUGAUGGCCAAGGCUUCCUCGAAAGGACCUUCUUGAGUCCUGCUUCCAUCAGAGCCACUCAUGUCAUUGUCGGCUGGAUGAAAGAUGCUGGACUUACGACGUGGAUUGAUCAAAUGGGUAACAUUCAUGGUCGAUAUGAACCGUCCAAUUCAACAGAUAAGGCCUUAUUGAUUGGAUCUCACAUGGACACUGUAAUUGAUGCUGGCAUGUACGACGGAGCUUUGGGUAUUAUCUGUGCGAUCUCUGCUCUGAAGGUUUUGAAAGUUUCUGGGAAACUUGAGAGGUUAACGAGACCAGUGGAGGUGAUUGCAUUCAGCGAUGAGGAGGGUGUUAGAUUUCAGACAACAUUUCUGGGAAGCGCCGCUGUAGCUGGUAUUCUACCUGAAUCAAUUUUACAAGUAUCUGACAAGAGUGGCACUACAGUUGAGGAUGUUCUUAAGUUGAACUCCUUCAAGGCUACUGCCGCUGCUCUCGGUCAAGUCAAGUACAGCCCGGAGUCGGUGGGGAGUUAUGUGGAGGUUCACUUGGAGCAAGGGCCUGUCCUUGAAGCCCUUCGUUAUCCCCUCGGCGUCGUAAAAGGAAUUGCAGGGCAGACACGAUUGAAGGUGAUCGUAGACGGUUCUCAAGGGCAUGCUGGCACGGUUCCGAUGAAACUGCGGCGUGAUCCGAUGGUUGCGGCCGCAGAGCUGGUGGUGACACUGGAGAGCCUGUGCAAGGACCCCAGCAGGUUCCUGACGUACGACGAGGAGUGCGGGUGCUUCACGGAGGAGUCCCUGGCCGGUCUGGUCUGCACCGUCGGCGAGCUGCUGACGUGGCCCAGCGCGAGCAACGUCAUACCAGGCCAGGUGAACUUCACGGUGGACAUUCGCGCGAUGGACGACGUGGUGCGGGAGACGAUCGUGGCGAGCUUCUCGAGGAUCGUGAUGCAGCGGUGCGACGACCGGCUGGUGGAUUGCGCCGUCGAGCACAAGCACUCGGCGGCGGCCACGCCGUGCGACGCGGAGCUGACGACCCAGCUGGAGCUUGCGACGCGAUCGGCGGUGUCGGCGAUGACGCCGCCCGGCAUCGGCGUCCACCACAGGGCAGAGCCGACGCCGGUGCUGAUGAGCGGCGCGGGGCACGACGCGAUGGCGAUGGCGCGGCUGACCAAGGUGGGAAUGGUGUUCGUGCGGUGCAGAGGUGGAGUGAGCCACUCGCCGGAGGAGCACGUGGCGGAGGACGACGUGUGGGCGGCCGGGCUGGCGCUGCUCCGGUUCGUGGACCAGACCGUCGUGGCCAAGCUAUGAGUGAGUGACCGAGGAGUGCUGAUUCAUCGGUGGGCUGAUUCGUCGUCGGCGCCUCGGGCUGUACAUAUGGAAUGGACUGGUGUUGUGCCAUUGGGCCGGAAAUAAACGGGUCUCUUCGCUGAGACAUUUCAUCAAUCAA